UGGGCGACAACUGAGGAAGUGGUCGAAGGUAGCGAAGUGACGGCAAAAUGUGAGGUGAAAAUAGAACAAAAUCAGCAACUGUCGCCGCCGUCGCGACCGGAACCGGAAGAGCCAACACCCACCAACGACCCCCAUCCAACGCUAAGGCUCAAUCCUAAUUUGGCUACUGACCCGGCAAGAUGGUCUCCCGCAGACAAGCCGUCUACGCCUCAGCCUCCACCGCCACCACCGCCGCCGCCGUCAGCGAUAGUGACGGCCGCCGCAGCUGCGUCAUCGUCGGCAUCGUCCACGUCGUCGUCGUCGUCUUCGUCUUCAUCUCUGUCGUCUUCGGCAAUCGGUGAACCUACUCAUAAUGUGGUCACUAUUACUGCGCCUAGAGCAAUUCAAAUAUUCAUUUGCAACCCGUGCGGGAUACGAUUCAGUUCGCUGAGCACGUUGGACGCCCAUCAGACAUACUAUUGUUCGCGCAGACACAAAAAAGAUUCGGAGUCAGACGACACCAAGAUGCCGAUAGUCGUCGAAUCGGACGAAAUUGCAAUGGGAAACGACACGGACAGCCGUCCGUCGUCCGUCGAGCCGUCUUCCAAGGCGAUAAGAACUGGAAAACAAUACAAGUGCCCCCACUGUUCGUACAGCGCCGACAAAAAAGUGAGCUUGAACAGGCACAUGCGUAUGCAUUCCAUAUCGCCGGUGUCCGUGCAAUCGCCACCAUGCCCAACGGACAACGCGGACCCGUCGGUAGUUGACCGGUACUGCCAGAACUGCGACAUCCGGUUUUCCAACCUGCGCACGUACCAGGCGCACAAGACGCACUACUGCAACACGCGGCACGUGGUCAAGCCGACCCCGUCCAGCUCGCCGAUGCCCAACAACCCGUCGCCCACCGGCGUGGUGCCCACUUACCUGGCGCUGCCCACCAAUCCUGUCAUCGUAGUUCCUUACACACUCGUACAAAACGCAAGCGUCCUGUCCGCCCUGUCCGCGGACAUAGGCCCGUCCCCGCCCACCGACACCGCUUGCAUCGUCCUGUCCGACGGCACGCUGCAGCCAAUCGCCCAGGCGCUGGUGCCCACCAAGUUUGCCAUGCUCGCCAACAGCGACAACAUACAGAGAGACAACUCUCAGUCUCCGCCAGAAGAAUUCUUUUCACCGCCCAAAAAGGCGGAGUCCGUCAGCCCGGAGACGAAGAUGAGACCGGCAGCGCAACCAUCGUCUCCGCUCGAUCUGCGACUGAAGCGCGUGGUAAAAUCGUCGCCAGAUAACGCCAGCUGCACGGACGGUGAGGAAGAAAAAGAGAACAGGCGGAGUGACGGUAACGUGACGGACACCGAGGACAUAAUAUGCGCACCGUCCAUACCGUGCAUGAUAUCGCCGACGUCUUCUCCGACAUCCGGUGGCAGUGGUGACAGCAGUGGCGGCAACAGAACUCCGCAACACCGGCCAAGUGCGCACCACCACCACCACAACCAGCAACUGCAACAGCAACAGCAAAUGCAACACCACCAGCAACUGCAACAGCAGCAACAACAGCAUCAUAAUCGCAGCAACAUACAGCUGUCGACCAACGGCAUGGUGCAGCAUGGUGGGAAGCCCGUUCCGUCGUCGGCAGUGUACGACUUCGUUGACCGGAACGGCGGAAAGUUCAGCGUAACCAGCCUGCUGCCCGCGUCCGGCGGCCGGCUGCAGGACGGCAUCAAGCAGGAACCGAUCAACAACGGCGAGCCACCUCACCACGCGAUGCACCACUUACCGGCCGCGCAUCACAGGUUUAGCGCGAUGCACAAAUCGCUGCUGUCCCCGGCCGCCGUGGCCCCGAUGCUACCCGGUGUCCAGCCACGCGGCCUCAGCGAACUUCUCAGCCCGGCCGCCGUUUUGCCGUAUUUUGCGCCUGACAUGACGCUCCGACUGAACCCGAACUCGGCGCAGGAUGGUAGCGGUGGUGGAAUGCCCCCCGCGCACCAUCAGUUCUACUUGAAACAGGGCCCGUCCAAAUGCGAGAGCUGCAACAUUGUGUUCUGCAAGUACGAGAACUUUCUGGCCCACAAGAAGCACUACUGUGCAUCCCGCCCGCCCCCGGACGGCGGGGACGGCGACGUGGACAAGACGAGCCCCGAGGGGUCACCCGGGUCAAAGCCGCUGAUGGUGUCGUCACCGCAGUCCUCCAAGGACAGCGUCAGCCCUACGCCGUUGCUUAAGCCACCCAUGAUCCAAUUUAUAUGCUCCACGUGCGGCGUCAAGUUUUCGUCAUACGACAACCUCACUACGCACCAGACUUUCUACUGCCCGAACAGGACGGCCGUGGCGCUGCAGGAACCGGCAGCAGAUAAUAAGGCGACACCGCCACCGUCAAAGUGCCCAAAGUGCAAAAUGACCGUCGACGGAACACAUCACCAUCAGUGUCAGCCGGCCAACUGUUGGAAGUGUCCAGUGUGCAGCGCCGUGUGCACGAGCGCGUCGGCCGCUCAGAAACAUUUGGACAACCACAACGGUAUAAGGGCGUUCGUGUGCACCAUCUGCCAGUACAAGGGCAACACGCUUAGGGGUCUCAGAACGCACAUCCGCAUGCACUUCAACAAGCGGAUGAUUCCGGAUCUCAUGGAAGAAGAUUACGUGACGUGUUUGAUCGACGAGAACUCGGCGUCAUCGAUGGUCGAUGGACGCGCCAAAACGCCGACCACUUUGGAUUCCGCGGACAAGCCGUCUGCGCCGUCCACCGUUCUUAUCAAGACGGCCUCAGCCGUGGCCUCGUCGUCAUCGUUGUCGCCGUCGCCGUCGUCGUCUUCGUCAUCCACAGCUGCGGCCGCAACCGUCAUAGUGGACGAUGAGCCAAAAGAAUUGGUAGUCGUCAAGCAGGAACCGAUCAACGGCAUGGCCGCACCGCCGACGAUGGAAGAAUUGGCCACAGGCGCCUACCGUCGGCAGCAGCACGAACUUCCGGCCACUGCGUCUGACGAACUGCUGCAGCAACAGCUCCCGCCACCGCCGCCGACGCCGCAGCUGCAGAUGCAGACCGCCGGUGGCAACAAGCGGACCGGCAUGACCGCGAAAUACUGCAAGGCGUGCGACAUAUCGUUCAACUAUCUGUCCACGUUCAUUGCGCACAAAAAGUACUACUGCCGGAACAGCACAGAAUACAAGUGCAACACGGAAAACGCCAAGACGGCGACCGUCACUUAGGUGGCAUGUAACGCGCCUCCGACCGAUAAAUCGUACGAUUGUCGUACUACACUUUUAUUAUUAUUAUUAUCAUUAUUAUUAUUUUUAUUAAUUAUUAUUAUUAUAUUAUCAUUUAUUAUUUUAUUUGAACGUAUAUGCUUACAACUCGCCGACGAUCGCGAUCCUAUAAAAUAUAAUAUAUUAUAAUAUUGUUAUAUUAUACCUAUACAUAAUAAUAAUAUAACGACGACGUUGACGAACAACCUGUUGCAAACUGUACCUAUAUAAACGGUUAUUAUACUUUAAGACGACGACUUUAUUAUUCUUCGUAUACAUCCCCUCAUUUUGCGAUUAUAUUAACUAUUAUUAUUAUUAUUAUUAUGAUUAUGAUGAUGAUAAUGUUAUCAUGAUUAUUAUUAUCUAUGUUUACUAUAAUAUUUAAAUAUUAUAAUAUUUCGUUUACAUAUUAUGUGUCAGAACGAUUCGUUUAUGUAAUACGAUGUAAUAUUAUGUUAGAAUCGAUCAUGUUUUAAUAUUUUAUAAUUUUUUUUUAAAUAUAAAUAAUUAAAGAAUUUAAAGAUUUAUCAUUUCCAAACGUUGUUUUCAUAUUAUAUUGUGUUUAUUUUGUUUCUUUAUUUGCUAUUAUUUGCAUUAUUAUUAUAUUAUUAUUAUUAUUAUUUUAUUUCAUCAUUAUUUUUAUUAUUUUUAGUUAAUAUUGUUCAGAGUAAUCAACAACUAUAUUUCUAACAUUUAUUAUCAUUAUGACUAUAAUAUAAUAUCAUUAUUAUUAUUA